UAAGACAAAAAAAAGUUUAGUUUCAGCCAGUUUCAGUAGUUAAAAUUGUUAAAAAGCACAAAAAAAACUACUUUUACCAUACCUUUUACGGUGUAAAAUAUCUAAAAUUGUUCAAUUAUGAAUGAAAACGAUACAAAAGAAAUAUUUGCGAGAUUGGAGACCUUAACUUCAGAAGACGGUCACAAUGAGCUGGGUGCUCUCCUGAAACAAUUAUCACUUUAUCACAAUGGUCAGUGUGAAUCACCAGAAGGAAACAAAAGGAAAGAUUUUUUGGACAAAAUUAUAAAGGAAAUAGACAACUUGGCAAGCAGAAUAACUGAUGAUCACACUAUACUUGUUAGUGUCAAAAAUCAAAAAGUUCUACGAACAUGUUUCCAACUAAUAACAUCAAUCGGUAUUGCACCUUGCCUGAUUCCUGGUGUGGGCAUAUCCCUAUCCAAAAGAUGUAUAUCUGCAAUAUUUCUACCACCAGCAACACUAAGUGAUGAAGAUAAAUAUGAACUACUGGUUGGCUGCACAGAUUUCUUCACAAGAUCAUACAAAAUUCCUGUCCUAAAAAAUAUAAUACUAACAUUACAUCUUUCAGACUAUUUGGCAUCACUAAUUCAGUUGUCUUUUGCCCCUCUUAAGAAACCAGGGAUAUAUGAAAACUACACCAUGUCUCAAGAAAGAUAUGCCCAGCUGAGUGUGGAUAGACAAAAGUUUGUUCAAACCUACAACUACUUGGUUACUAAUUGCUUUCAACCAAUACUAAUGAAAGAGCUCCUGAUUCUACAGUCAGUGACCAAUCCGUCGCCUCCAGCAUUUGUCAAAAGGAUUGUAUCUAAAGAGAUGAACAACCGCCUCCUGUCUCCCGGGGGCUUACUGAGUCUCAUUCGCUGCUUCAUAGAGUCUUACAACAUAGACAUGGGGUAUGAGUGGAAGAAGAUAGAUAUGAUAUGCAAGAUAGUGAGUUGCAAACAUGGAAGUGGCUCGGAGAAUGAUUACCUCCACAAUAUUUGCUGUCAGCUGACCCAAAUACUCUGCUUGAAUAAUACUCAUUACCUGACAACAGCUGUUGCCUGUGCUCUGAGCCUUAGUGAGAGGUACCCGCAGUCUGCUGCAGUGAAACAAUUGAUGGAUGAAGUGUUUCAGGCAUUUGACUACAACCAUUUAAUAUCCAAGUCAGAUUUACCAGGAACUAUAAUUUUAUCAUCUCAAGAGAUUGAACACAAUGUAAAUAUUUUGCAUGCCUGCAUGGGCACUAUGAAACUCAAUUGGCCUAUUGAACUCAUAAUGAGCAAGUUAUACAUUCUCUUCCAACUUGGUGUGAAUGCCACCAGGAGUCAAGAGCUUAAAAUUAAAAUAAAACACAUCAUUUUGAAAUGUUUAUCAGUGUGCACCAAAGAGCAAGUUUUGGAACAAACUAAACUGUUUUUAUUUGGACUCGAGAAUAACCAAAAGGAAAAGCUACUGAUUGAAGAAUUUGAUGCGGGCCUGAUAAUAAAAUAUGUUAAGGAUGUUAUUGAAUAUCCAAGGAAUGAAGCUCUGAUUUAUUAUUUAGAGUUGUUUAAUAGCUCUACAGAUAAUUGUUUUAUAGAAUCAGCAUUUGAAGCUGCUUUGAAUAUUUUAGUAGACAUAUCUAAAAAACGAGGAACAAGAUGUAAUGAUGAUCUCCUCACUCUAGAAGAUAAUCCAGAGAUAUUUGAUCAUUCAGACCAACAAUAUGCAAUCAUUCUACAACUGCUUACUGAAAUAUCAGCUUCACCAAAAGUUAUGGCAUCUCUGAAAAAAGAUGUAUCCCCUGUUAUGGGAUUUGUAGAAUAUUUUCUAGUACAUAACAAAGCUAGUGGAAAUGAGGAGUGCAUUACAAUAGCUUUGGUGCUCCUCAAUACCUUUUUGACUGCCACAAACAGUGCCAAGGAAUUCGAAAAGAAAAUUACAAAUUUGUUGCCAGUUUUACAAAAGAUGUCCCAGGAUACAUCCAAUUUAAACCAUAUUCUGUGUAAGGAAGCACUGUCUUACAUGUCUUCUGAGCUACCGGCCAAAAACACGGCAUUCGAGAGAGCCGUGUCGGAUGUGUUUGAUGGGCUUUUGCCAGUGAGGGCUCAUGGCAUUAUAGAGCUCACUAGACUGAUAGAGAGCAGAGAUCCAGAAGCCCUCUCCAAGAAGCAUUAUAUAUUUUGCAUCUUCCAGGACCAACUGAAAGACCCAGAUUCCUACAUAUACCUGUCAGCGAUCAACGGUAUAUCAGUGCUGGGCAGCCACUGCACAGAAGACGUGCUGCAUGUGCUAUGCAAGGAGUUCCUUCAGGUCACGUCGCCACAGAACGGCCCGGAAUCUGAGGACAGUCUCAACAAAGUGGCGGAACUUCGGAUGAAAGUGGGAGACAUUGUUGUCAAAGUUACAAAAAGAUUAGGUGAAAUGGCAGUAGUCCACAAGGCGCUACUGCUGAAUACGAUGCUCUGUGCCUGCCGCGAUGACGACCCGCUCGUCAGGACCUCAGCUCUCUCCAACCUGGCCGAGAUAGCCCUCGUGUUGAACUAUAAGAUUGGGACUAUUAUUUAUGAGGUCCUGUUAUGUAUUUGGAGCAUAUUGGAGACAGACAAAGCCAUAGAGUGCCGUCGCGCCGCCGUCAUGGUCAUCGCUAGUCUACUCAAAGGCCUAGGAAAAGACACACUUACGGAACUCAAAGAGAACUUGCUUCCAGUCUACAGAACCCUCAAGAACCUCUACAACGAUCCAAGCGAAGACUCGAUCCUGAGACUUCACGCUCAACUAGCUUUAGAAGAGUUAAACGAUAUAGUGAGAAACUUUUUGAUGCCAGAAUUGAAAAGGGAAAAACAUUUUACUAUAGUAGACACCCCUGAGGAUGUCAUUUUCAAAUAAAAUCAAGUUUA